GGUGUUCAGCGGACAGGUGCCGGAAAAUUUAACUAAAAUGUUUUCGGUUCGCUCCGUACUUUUGUUGCUUUUCGCCGUGGUAGCUUCCACCCAAGGAGCCAAUAUUUUGGGGCUCUUCAGCAGUCACAGUCCCUCCCACCUGAUCAUCCACAUGUCGGUGGCCAAGGCUCUUGCCGAAGCAGGACAUAAUGUUACCGUGGUAUCGAUGCUGAAGCCCAAGGUAACGCACAAGGACAUCCAUGUGAUUGUGGUGCCGAUGAGGGACGAUCAGGAGGAAGCUAUGGAAAAGCAAAUGAGCGAAAUGGCAGGCGAGAAGAAUUCCAUAUUUAGUACUAUGAAUCGCCUUCUGAAUGGAUUGGAUGUGAUGAUAAAUGCUCAGGCUGAACUGCUCUCUGACCCGAGAUUCCAGCGUAUUUACGAUACCAAAUUCGAUUUGAUGAUUCUGGGUUACUUUAUCAACGACUUCCAACUGGGAGUUGCUGCCAAGCUGAAGGUUCCUGUGAUUGUCGACUGGAUGCCGGCACCAGUUCCUGUAAUUGAUCAGUAUACUGGUAAUCCCUCGGAGAUCUCGUAUGUUCCCACUUUGGGGUCUGUUGUAACGCAUCCCAUGAGUUUGUUUAUGCGUGUCAAGAACUUGGGCAUAUCACUGUUUUUCAAUUACAUUACCACUGCUUUUGAUAUCAAGCUGACCCGCAUUUAUAAUGAAAUAUUCACGGAAAAAGAUCAGCCAACUCUGAAUGAGUUGAGAAGAAACAUCUCCAUGGCCUUCGUUGGCUGUCAUUUGAUCAGUGAGGGUCCCAUAAGACCUUUGGUGCCAGCCAUUGUGGAAAUCGGAGGCAUCCAAGUGAAGGAUAAGCCGGAUCCACUGCCCAAGGACAUUGACCAAUUUUUGAACAAGUCAACCCAGGGAGCUGUCUUUCUAUCGCUUGGAUCAAACAUUAAAAGCUCUACGGUGAAGCCGGAAAUAGUCCAGAUCAUCUUUAAAGUACUAUCGGGACUGAAGGAGAAUGUAAUUUGGAAGUGGGAGGAUCUGGAGAACACACCCGGCAAGGCAGCAAACAUUCUCUACAAGAACUGGCUGCCACAAGAUGAUAUCCUGGCCCAUCCAAACACAAAGCUGUUCAUCACGCAUGCCGGAAAGGGAAGCAUUACCGAAUCCCAGUACCAUGGUGUUCCCAUGGUGGCUUUGCCUAUUUUUGGGGAUCAACCCGGAAACGCUGCUCUCAUGGAGAAAUCAGGAUAUGGCCUUGCUAUCGAUUUGCUUUCAAUAACAGAAGAAAGCCUGAGGGAAACCCUUAAAGAAGUUCUGGAAAACAAAAAGUACAGUCAGGCUAUUGGAAAAUUCUCCGCGCUGUACAGGGAUCGACCGCUAACUGCAAAACAGUCGGUGGUUUUCUGGACCGAGUAUGUCCUUAGGCAUCAUGGAGCCCCCCACCUGCAGAGUCCUGCGGUGCAUAUGAGCUUCGUUGAGCUAAACAAUUUGGAUAUCUACGCUCUUCUUUUAACUAUUCUGGUAGUCUUUAUUUUCCUGACCAGACUAGUUUCAAAAUUGGUGUGGAGAAAGCUAAUGGGCAGGGCAAAAAUCUCUGAGGCGAAAAAGAGACAAUAAUCUAUAUAAAAAAUGUGAUUUUUAAUUUAAAUAAAAUACCUUUUACAUACACAAA